AUGCACUACACAAUCUUGCCUCUCCUUGCCUCAUUGGCCUCAUCAGCUCUCGCUGUCGAAACUGUAUUGGGAGUCUACAUCUUCUCCCGUCAUGGCGAUCGUACCGCGAAGUCUACACCCCCAGCAAAUUUGACUGAUUUGGGCUACCAAGAAGUCUUCACGUCAGGCACCUUCUACCGCAACCGAUAUGUCGCUAGUGGUGCCAGCCGUCGCAUCCACGGUAUCAACGCCGACCUGGUCAAGCAAUCGCAAAUCACUGCCUCUGCACCCAUCGACACUGUCUUGCAGAACUCUGCCAUUGGUUUCCUGCAAGGCUUAUAUCCCCCAGUGGGAGAAACACUGGGCAGCAACACCCUGCGCAAUGGAACGGUCGUGCAAUCGCCCAUGAACGGAUAUCAAUUGAUUCCUCUCGAGGUUGUGACUACUGGCACCAAUAGUGAGAACUCGGCCUGGCUACAAGGUUCGACCAACUGUGCCAAUGCCCAAAUCAGCUCCAACAACUACUUUACCAGCUCGCAAUACCUGGAUACAUUGCGGCGCACCCAAAGCUUCUACACCGAUCUCUCGCCCAUGAUCAACAGGACCUUCACUGCCUCGCAGACGAGCUUCAAAAACGCAUACACGAUCUUUGAUCUGCUAAACGUUGCCUCGAUCCACAAUUCGACAGACGACUUCCCCAACGCCGACCUGUUGACUGCAGAAACUUUCUUCCAACUGCGAACCCUUGCGGAUCAACAUGAAUGGGGACUCGCAUACAAUGAAUCCGAGCCCAUCCGCGCUAUCACAGGCUCCAUCAUCGCAGCCGAAGUGGUCGACGCCCUCAACGGUACUAUCACAGGCAACGGCAAGAACAAACUCAAUAUCCAAUUCGGAGCGUACGCCGGCAUGAUGUCGUUCUUCGGCCUCGCGAACCUCACAUCGGCCAGCCCCUCCUUCUACGGCGUGCCAGACUACGCUUCGAGCUUGAGCUGGGAACUCGUCACCAACGCGACCGUGGGUUCUUCACGCGCUGAAUUCCCAUCCGUCGACGACGUCAGCGUGCGCUUUUACUUCCACAACGGCACGACCAGCCCCACCAGCGAGCCCGUCGAGUUCCCACUCUUCGGCACCGGGCGCUCUCCUCUGCCUUGGUCUGAGUUCGUUGACCACAUGGGCAAGUUUUCCAUCAAGUCCCAAAAGGACUGGUGCACGGCCUGCGGUAACUCGACCGGCGUCUGCAGUCCCAGUGCCCUGGGUGAGAGUGGCUCUUUCGGUUCGAGCUCUUCCGCCUCCGGCGACAACGACAACGGCAGCGGUGGUAUCUCCAAGGCCGUUGCCGGCGUCAUAGGUGCCGUGGUCACUCUUGCUGUCAUCCUCGGUGCCGAGCUUUUGUUCAUGCUAGUUGGUGGAUUCAGACUCGUUAGCAAGAAGCGUCUUGCUCGAACUACGAGCACCGAUGGUAUGUCUCAACCUGCAGUGGAGCCAAAGGUGGAGUUUGGGACGAAAUAA